UCUCUAGUCUAUCUCUAGGUACUUCCAUCUGAGCUGAGCCUGAAGAGUGAUCAAAUUGAAGCAGUAUUCUCUCAAGCAAAUCUUUGACAGGAUGAGGAGCUUCGUCUGCUUGUCACUGGGUGCAGCUGUGAUCUUGCUUCUGGUAUUGGCUUCGGCCAUGGAGGCUGGAGCCAUCCGACUCGACGCGGGGACCCGGGCCUCAGUCAGCGGCGGCAGUAACCAAACGGCCACUGAUAAACCAACUAUGAACAAUGUCGUCGAUGUGGUCAAGGCUUCUGCUGGCUCAACAAGCGAGACGAAGAAGAGCGUGGACGUUGCCACGGGUGAAGUUAGGGCGGUGGCGCAUAAGAUGCCAGAGUUCCAUGAGGACUACUACGGCCCGAGUGAUCACAGCCCUAGGCACCACUGAUGGAGCAAAUUCUACACUGUUUGCUUUGUUUGUGUUUCCUCUCUCGAUCGAUGAUCUCUUGUAGAACAGAGUAUUUAUAGCUAGGUAGACGGUGACGGCUGUAGGCUAUUCAUGUAAGCUCAAGCA